AUGUUGGUGCAUCUCCUGGUUGUGUUGUGUUGCUGUGCAUGCAGUGAUGCGGCUGAGAGACAUUUCUAUCUCAGUGCUGAAGAGGGGCUGUGGGACUAUGCGCCUGGCGGAAGGGAUCUGGUCUCAACUUGGAGAAACAAUGCCUCAAGCUUGGCGAAUGAUUACAUCACUAGAAGCCGAGAUCGUCUCGGUCACGUGUACAAGAAGGCGAUGUUCCGGGAGUACACGGACGCCACAUUCACCCUGGAGAAACUGAAACCAAGAUGGCUGGGCUUCCUGGGACCGAUACUGGAGGUCGAGGUCGGAGACACAGUGAAGAUCCACUUUAUUAACAGAGCAUCCAGGGAGUAUUCUGUCCACGCCCACGGAGCGACGUACAACAAAACAGACGAGGGUGCCCUGUACAACGACGGCUACCACAACGUGACGACGUCCGCCGACCUGGUGAAGCCCGGCGACAACUACACUUACACCUGGAACAUCACUGAGGAGUCAGGCCCAGCUCUUGGGGGUGAGGAGUGCGUCUCCUGGAUGUACCACUCCCACAUCGACACCACACUCGACAUCAACAGCGGCCUUGUGGGCUUCGUGUACGUCUGCAAGCCAGGAACGCUAAGGAAGCAUCUGAAGAACCGCCACGUCGCGGUGUACGUGAGUCACGUGGACGAGAACUUCAGCUGGUACAUCGACGACAACGUCAUAUUGUUUGCCCCUCACGCCAACCGAAGCACACGAUCCUUUAAGACGUACAACGCCAUGCACGCCAUCAACGGCUUCGUGUACGGCAACCUUCCCGGCUUGGACUUCUGUGAAGGGGAAACUGCCACCUUCCAUUUUGCAACCAUGGGCCAUGCCACCGACAUCCACCAGAUGGUUCUCAGCGGCCACUCAUUCAAGCAGUUCAAACACAGGUACAACUCCAUCAGUCUGGGUGUUGCCCAGUUUGUUACUGCGACUGUCACGAUGCAGACACCAGGAAGAUGGCUGCUGUACGAUUCACUGGCUGCAAAUCUGGAAGCCGGGUCAGCUGCGUUCGUCAACAUCAGGCGAUGCGGUGGAGGCAACAACGACGUCUUCAGGCCCAGAUAUGUGCGGCGCUACUACAUCGCCGCGGAGGAUGUGUUGUGGAACUACGCCCCCUCGGGCAAGGACAGAUACAACGGGGGAGGCUUACAUCGAGGAUCAGCGGCUCUGUAUUUCCAACACGACCGCUCCUCCAUCGGCGGCACGUACAAGAAGGCGGUGUACGUGGAGUACACAGAUAAGACGUUCAGGGUGCAGAAGAGAAGAACCAGUCGAGAUGUUCAUCUUGGCUUCCUGGGUCCACCAAUCAGAGCCCAGGUAGGCGACGCCAUUGAAGUGUACUUCCUCAACCGAGCCGACCGGACCUACUCCAUCCAUCCUAACGGAGUGAGACACGACAAGAGGAACGAAGGGUUGCUAUACCAGGAUUUCCAACAGGGAAAAAUGGUCAAAUAUCACUGGUCAGUUCCUCCAUCCUUUGGACCGGAAGAGGAUGAUGCACCAUGUCUAACCCGGAUGUACAGUUCCGGAACUAACCUCAUGAAGGAUAUCGCCAGCGGCCUUGUUGGACCAAUGGUUAUAUGUAAGGAAGGAUUUCUCACCCCAGACGGUCGAGAGACUCCCCAGAGAGACGUGGACGGUCACUACUUCUUGUAUCUAUCAAACAACGACGAGAACUACUCUUGGUACAUCGAGGACAACAUCCACCUUGCCAGGGUAGAUCCCCGGAUCAACAGGACAGAUCCACUGUUUGUGGAGAGUAACACCAUGAGAGCUAUCAACGGCUUCAUGUACAGCAACCUCCCUAACAUGACGCUGUGCCAGGGGACACGCGUACGUCUCCAUGUGUUUAGCAUGGGUUCUGUUCAAGACCUCCACGCUCUGUACGUCCAUGGGAACGACUUUGUCGAGGACGACCAACACAAACGUGCCACAGGGCUCACGUCAGGCACCAUGAAGAGUUUGGUUUUGUCUGCAACACACGAAGGCUUCUGGGCCCUGCAGUGCUACAACUACCACCAUUUUGAAAGUGGCAUGACUGCACUGUAUAAUGUCCGGAAGUGCACGGGGGAGUCAGGACGGCCGGACACACAACAUGCACGGAGGGAGAGAAGAUACUACAUCCGGGCGGAGGAGGUACUAUGGGACUACGGUCCCCUUGGAAGGGACGCAAUCAAAGACCAGCCUUUCGGAAUACCGGGGAGCAAAGAUUACGUCUACACAAAUACAAACGAGACGUUUUUGGGAACAAAAUACAUAAAACUGGUAUUUGUCCAGUACACAGACGCAACAUUCAAGACACCAAGACCCAAAACAAAGGAAGAGGAGACCCAAGGUUUCAUUGGACCCAUCAUCAAGGUCGAGGUCGGGGAAACCCUAACUGUCGUCUUCCGUAACCAAGGGAGACGACCUUACUCUAUUCACGCUGAAGGCCUUAGUUAUAACCGUAAUGAGAUAAGGUGGAAGGUCAAAGGUAACGACCAGCCUGUUGUUGCCCCUGGUAACACAUUUACCUACCACUGGACGGUUGCCUAUGGUAACGGCCCCGGGGGUGCAGAUUCCAACUGCGUGACACGGAUGUACUACUCUGACGUCAACGUGACAGCGGAUACCCACACGGGUCUGAUUGGUCCGCUGGUUGUAUGCAGGAAGGGGAUUUUAGACGUCAAUGGUCGACGGAAGGAUGUGGACAGAGAGUUUGCUGUCUACUUCACUAUUGUCGACGAGAACUCCAGCUGGUAUUUAGACAUGAACAUCAAAAAGUUUGCAUCCAGACCAGACCUGGUUAACAAGACGUUGAGGGGAUUCACGACAAGCAACCAUAUGCAUAGUGUGAACGGCUACAUCUACGGCAACCAGCCCGCCCCCGUCAUGUACAAGGGGGAGGAGGUGUCCUGGUACCUCAUGACAAUGGGGUCAGAGUUUGACCUACAUUCACUACAUUUCCAUGGCAACCUAGUGACGGAAUUUAGUGAUACCAACAGGAAAAACGACGUCGUCCAACUUUUCCCGGGAAUGUUUGUCAAUGUGCGCAUGCGCGCUAUGAACACUGGGAAAUGGCUGUAUCACUGUCAUGUGAAUAAUCAUCUCGUAGCGGGUAUGGAGUCGCGGUACCACGUGCUGGAAACGCUAAAUUGAAAAGAAACUGCCGGCAAUUAACUCGUCGGACAUGCUUUUCUUGUAAUAAAUGAAAAUGUUUUUUUGAGGAGAGGAUGGUGGCCACUUUUUGCCUAGUUCAAUGGAAUUAAGUGUGAAGGAAAAGUGAGACUUCCUCAGGUGAACUACUAGAAGAUGGUUAUUCAGGAGGCUUGUAAAUUUACCGUUACCUAUAUUCAUGUCAAGGUGUAUACAUAUCACAUUUCAUGUGAAGUCUUUGUAUUGUGACUACAAACAGUGGUGACAAAUAAUGUUAACAGCAGCCUUUAAGGGUGUAGCUAAAUAUGUUAUAACCCGUCAUCGGUGGAUCUUUGGUUGUACGCAGAUAACUUGUAGUUAGAUCUGGAGGUCGGGUAACGAACGUGUUGGAGUUAACCAGGGCUCAGCAUCAACCAUCUGCGUUAGCAUGCGCGUAUAAACAAUCAACAUUAAUAUCAUGCUGCGACUUUCCGAUACAAAUUUAGAGAUUUUUGUGUAUGACCGCGAUCAGUUUACCAGAAUCACAACAGUCAUAUUUUCGUUGUAAAAGUAACCACAAACGACACUUUCUUAAACCAUAUUUAAACACUAUUCAUCAUUCGAUACACCUGUAAAAUAUUCCCGCAAACAAUGGACAUGUGUCUUCAUAGAGAAACAGAAACAUGCGUCAUACAGUGAAUAUACUUUAAAUACAAGGUCAGUUUGUUGGUCGGUCAUAAUUACCACAACGGGUUAAAGAAUUAAAUGAACUCCACAAACCGCAAUCUAUUUCACAAAUAUACCACAUAAAAACGAACUAGCUGUCAGAGGGCCACCAGGAAUUACUGUGUGUGUUAGUCACAGAAACAGUGUGUGAUAGAAUGACUGAUUAAGUGGAGGGUUGUCUGGGUUAAUUACUACGGUGCGUUACAUAUGUUCAACCCUAUGUCACCUGAUUACAGUUGUACGUCUUGUUCCGAACGAAAUGUGACAAGUAAAAGUCGCAAUAAAGAUAGAUACACUUCA